AUCAUAAUUCACAAAAUGAGUACUGAAAAUCAGGCAGUCGUCCUCUGGACUUUGACAUUGACAGACGCAAUCAUGGGAGCCGAUGCUGUGCCCAUUGCUGUUGUGACGGGAUUUUGGGCCGUCGUUGGUAUCAUUCUGCCAUUUAUUCUUGGCAAGGGACCGAAUAAAGGCGUGAUCCAGACUGUGCUGGUCAUCACAGCAGUUACAUCUUGGCUCUUUUGGUUGCUGUGUUAUUUGCACCAAAUGAAUCCUCUCAUAGGACCGCAGUUACACAACACAACUAUUCUGGCCAUUCGGUACCUUUGGGAUGGGACUCUGAGCCUUGAUGACUUCAAUGAAACAACAACAACAAACACCAUGGAGACAACAACAGCAGCAGCAAUCUAAUUGCCAAAACACAGGGAAGAAGCUGAUAACCCCCCCAUAACUCCACCAUUAGGAAAUCAUCAAGCUGGGAAUCCAGUAGCGAUUCUCUCUUUAGUCUAGGAUUGCUCUUCCAAUUCUCCCGUCUUUCAAAUCUGGCUCGUGAUCAUUUUACCAGCUCAAGGAUCCACCUGCUCUUUCUCCAUUGUCCCUCUUAGUGCUAAGAUAUGUAAAUGCUAUUUAUAUCAUUACUUAAAAGAGUGCAAGGUGAUGUGUUGCUGUGAGAUGGAGGCCUUAAGAUAUAUGUGUAGUCUUGUGUGUACAUAUUGAAAGAGAGUCACAAAAUUCCCUUUUUAAGUAGAUGCCUCUAUUGAAUUUUUUUUUUUUAUGCUAUCCACUCUUAAUCCUGAAAAUUCAAAACCUGUUAUCCUCUCUUGGCUUUUCCUUUUUCUUGACUCUCGGGCAUGUCCAUUUGUUAAUAUUGAUGUAUAUACAUAUAAUUUUAGAUGGUGCUUCAUAAACAGCAUUUAUUAAAGAGUAUCUCCUCAUCAGCUAGUUUUCAGUCUCUCUUGUGUCUGUAUGUAAGUAAAUACAACACACCAUGAUUCUGUUUUAAAUUUUAAAAUAGCAUGAUAAAGAGAUAUAUAAUGCACAACAUUCCAGUUAUGGCAAGUUGCUUAUUUGAAGAAUAUAUUUUGUAAAAUGGUAUUGGUGUUUUAGUCUUGUUCAUACUUGUAAAAUAUAUGAUGAGAUAUUAA